CCACCCGCUCUCCGACCACAUUCGUAAUCAAGAAUCCCAUGACUUGGGUAACCGGGCAUUUACCCCGGAUCUCUUGUGCAAAUUGCAGGGCGCAUGCCGCUGUCUGGGUUUCUUGACAUUUCUCUUCAAGUACCUAACCUGGAAGUCGUUGGAAAAGGCAAGCGGGUUGGAAAUCCUCGUUAGUUUGGCAAGAGCGCCUACGAAGUUCAAAUCACGGAAAGGCAAUCGCAGGCGGUCCUCCUGCUCCUGCGCCUUCCUCAGGCUUCCUGACAAGGUUCAACAUUGUGGCCAGUGUUUCGUACAACUGAAAAGCAGCACUAAAAUGGCUCUCUCAACCACCGCAAGUUUCACAACAUCCUUUACCGCUUCGCCGACCGCGACCUUACCCAUCGUCGCCUUCACAACUCCCUUCCCUCAGCCCAUCAACUGCGCCCCUGAGUCACUCCUGACGACAACCGUGAGCCACUACAGCGGCUUUGGAACCACAGAAUCCGAAACCUUCCUUCUUCCCGACACGUCUGAUGCGCGCUACACGGCCUGUCUUGCCCCGGCUGGUAGCCAGUUCAGUUUCAGUCCGGCAGUAUGUCCAGAUGGAUGGCCGGCAUGGUGGCUAGGAUCGAUGUCGGCGCUGUCUGGCACGGCGACGACGGCGACGCCGACUCACGUCUCGACGGCCUACUGCUGCGCGCCGGGCUACUCAAUGCCAUACGAAAACUAUCCCGACGACUCAUCACCCUCGUGUGAACAGGCCUUCCUCCAAAGCACCAGCUCCACUGGCGAUAUGUUCCCCUCGACGUGGGCGCUGAGCGUGGCCAAAGUCCCGGCCUGGCACAUAUCGUGGCAGCCCACCGACCUCCCGACGCUGAGCCCCCAGCCGCCGGCGAUCGAGGGUGACAGGAUCACGAGAUGGGUUCCCGGGUCGGAUCCCGAGCGGGAGCCGCGGGACAACGCUUGGGGUGGAAGAAGCUUCAACCCCGGUCUGUUCUACUUUCUGGUGGCCGGUAUUCCGAUAAUCAUAGUCGUGGCGAUUGUUGCCUGUCUCACUGGUUGUUUUCACCCUUGCAACCAUUGCCGCUAACCUGACAAGGGACGGCGAGGUAACACGGAGGUCGCAUAGGACUCACCCAGUGGGCAACAGGCGGUCAGGUCAGUAGGGCCAGCCCAACAGUCAGUUUAAUCUUGAAGUUAUAGUUACUGGAUGUAUCAUGAAGUUUCCAUUCUGGCACUACUCAAUGAUGAGGC